AUGUUUCGGUUUAGCAGGAAAAACGUUAACAUGGACAGCUCGACCGUACUGCAGGAUAACAAGAGUGGCUUCAGUAAAGGUUCUAUCGUGGACUUCUACGAUAAAUUGGAGAAGGACGAUGGGGGUAGAACGUUCGGCAUUGAUGAUGCCACUCACGGAGGACUAACCCGCAUUGAGAAUGGAAUGUCAGGAAAAGGAGAACACCGGGCUUCACCCAUCUCGUGUUAUUCACCUCAGAAUCGACUAUUACCGUGGCCUCCCCAGCAUGUAAACGAGAGUUCGAGCUCCUCAGCCAGGAAGGCUCAGAAUCUCGGUCUGAUUUGCGUCGUAUGUGGAGAUACGAGCUCCGGAAAGCAUUACGGCAUAUUGGCAUGCAACGGAUGCUCUGGGUUCUUCAAACGCAGUGUCCGGAGGAAAUUGAUUUAUCGAUGUCAGGCCGGAACAGGAAGCUGCACAGUGGAUAAGGCACACAGGAAUCAGUGCCAAGCAUGUCGAUUGAAGAAAUGCCUUACGAUGGGAAUGAACAAAGAUGCAAUACAGUGCAUCGUAGGGAGUUUGAAGCAGCAGAUGAAAGGAAUUAUUGACGUAUUUGCCGUACAAAAUGAGCGUCAACCACGAAAUACAGCAACAAUCAGACCGGAAGCUCUGCGGGAUAUGGAGCAGGGUCGAGCUUUACGAGAAGCAGCCGUUGCCGUCGGAGUGUUUGGGCCUCCAGUUUCGUUGGCACUACUUUCACCGUCUCGCUACGGGCCAAGCAUUUUGCCAACACCCGCCUUACCGACCAGUCAAUUUCUGCACCAUCAUAGCCAGGUGUCCUCGCUGGUAAAUAGUCUCCCGCACCACCAUCCCCACCAUCCACACCAUGCCGCUAUGCACGGUCUAGCGAACGGACUGUCGAUGAAUCUCAACGGUGUCGGCAUGUCGGGACACAACGGAACGCCCGGCUUGAUUCAUUCGGCUGGAAAUGGCUCCGAUCGGGACCGAGACACCGUAGUUCCCAUGAACAGCAGCAGUGGUGAUAGCAACAACAACAAGAACCCUUCGUCUGGUUCCACCGAGAACCUCAAUACAACGUCGUCCUCUAACCAUUCGAUGGCCGGCGAUCAGUCACCGAGUGGGGCAGGUUCACCAGCACACGGGACAUCCGCGAAUGGACUCGGAACAGGAGGAUGUCCGACUGGCGGCUCAAGCAUGAGUGCCGAGAAGCAUCCACAACACAGCUCGUCAUCGUGCGGAUCGGCUAGUCCUAUUCUGGAACAGGACAACAUGAACGAUAACGACGAUGAUUCUAUUGACGUUACCAAUGAUGAGGAUACGGAUCCGGCACAAAAUAAUAACACGAUACCAAGCCUGAUGAACCACCCAUUUUACGGACAAGGACCCAUGUUCAACUUUCAAGAAACCAUUUAUGAAACCAGUGCACGACUUCUGUUUAUGGCCGUCAAAUGGGCCAAGAAUCUACCCAGCUUCGCUAGCCUUACGUUUCGGGAUCAGGUCAUUUUGCUUGAAGAGUCUUGGGCGGAACUGUUUCUACUGAACGCUAUCCAAUGGUGUAUGCCGAUUGAUACGACUGCAUGCACGUUGUUCUCAUUGAAUGAACACUGUAAUAGUGCCAACAAUUCUGGAUUCUUUAAACCGGGACAGUUGGCUCAAGAUUUACGGAUUCUUAACGACACACUCUGUCGGUUUAAAUCAGUGCUGGUAGAUCCGGCUGAAUUCGCUUGCAUGAAAGCCAUCGUGUUAUUUCGAUCAGAAGCGCGAGGCCUGAAAGAUCCGGUACAGAUUGAAAAUCUGCAAGAUCAAGCACAAGUAAUGUUGGCUCAACACUCACGAACACAAUUUCCCGGGCAGAUCGCACGUUUCGGACGGUUGCUGUUGAUGUUACCUUUGCUGCGAGCGGUCAACUCCCACAAAAUAGAGUCGAUCUACUUUCAGAAAACAAUCGGAAAUACACCGAUGGAAAAGGUGCUAUGUGAUAUGUACAAAAAUUAA